GCGGCGGCGGCGGCGGCGGCGGCGGCGGCGGCGGCGGCGGUGGCGGCGAUGGGACCCCAGCGAGAGAUCUGCGGCUAGCUGGCUGCAUUUGCUCCACGGGUCAGGGGAUCGCAGGCGGCAGGUUUGAAGAAUGAGCCAUUAAAAGGAAAGGUCAAAGAGUAAACAACAAGAAGAGGAAGAGGAGGAUUUCAAAGCUGGGAAGGAUGAGUUCUUGCAGCAACGUUUGUGGGUCCAAGCAGGCACAGGCUGCUACCGAGGGCGGGUACCAGCGCUAUGGAGUCCGGUCCUACCUGCACCAGUUUUAUGAGGACUGUACCACCUCGAUCUGGGAGUAUGAGGAUGAUUUCCAGAUCCAGAGAUCACCUAACAGGUGGAGCUCAGUAUUCUGGAAGGUUGGACUCAUCUUGGGCACAGUCUUCGUGAUUCUCGGAUUGACUGUCCUGGCAGUGGGCUUUCUUGUGCCCCCCAAAAUCGAAGCCUUUGGUGAGGCCAAUUUCGUGAUGGUGGACCCACACGCUGUCCAGUUUAAUGGAGCCCUUGACAUGUGCAAGCUGGCGGGCGCCGUGCUCUUCUGCAUCGGGGGCACGUCCAUGGCAGGGUGCCUGCUGAUGUCAGUGUUCGCAAAAAGCUACUCCAAAGAAGAGAAAUUCCUUCAGCAAAAGUUUAAAGAGCGAAUCGCAGACAUCAAGGCCCACACCCAGCCCAUUACAAGAGCUCCAGGCCCGGGAGAAACAAAGAUACCAGUCACUUUGUCCAGGGUUCAAAAUGUCCAGCCCAUAGCGGCAACCUGAAACAUUUUCCAGCCCGGUCCUCCCCUCUGUAAUUUAUGCCCAGUGUUACAAGGGAGCAGACCAGUUUGGGAAAUGAUAUAGAUUUGGUGUUGACCUGCCCCAAGGCUGUGCUGGGCUGUGGGCAGUGUGGUGUGUGAGCUCACACUCAUUCCGUUCAGUGGCCCUGGGAACCGUUGAUGCCAUGGGUCAGCCUGGGCACAUGCACCCGGCUGCUUAAAAGGUGUUGCUGGGUGCCCACCAGGAACUCUCUGGAACUCCCCUCUCAUAUAGUGUGACUCUGUGUCAUUUUCUGUGUUCUUGGAAAGCGCUGAACAGUUUAGACCAGCCUACCAAUGGCUGACGUGGUCCGUUUUACUUUCUAGUAUUGGUUUUUCUAAUCUUUCCUGUGUGGUGCUGCCUUCCAUUCCUUGUCUCACUACAUGUAAGAUAUUGUCCUGUGUUCACAGAAAAAUCAAGUUCCCUGAUUUUGACCCAAACUUUGGUCUUUUAACUCUAACUUAACAUGAGGUUCUUGAAAUCAGACACAAACGUAUCAGAAUUCUCCAUAAGUCUUUUGCUGUUUUCUGUAGUGUUUUCCCACUUAAAGAGCUCAAAUUGCCAACUUUAGAAUCUUGGGAAAUAAAUUAAUAUUAGGAGAAUCUAUUUAUGCAGUGUACAAAAGCACUGAAUUAGAAGCCAAGAAAUUUGAGUUCCUAUUACUAACUAGCUGUGUGAUCUUGGGGAAAGCAUUUAAC